AAGACAUGCUUAAAAUUGAAGAAUUAUUGAAUCUUAAUGCAACUAGUUUUACAGAUAGUUUAGAUGAAAUAAUUUUUGAACUCUUUCAAGAGGAAUAUAUUAUUCAAACUAAUGAUAUUGAGAAUAGUAAAGAGAAAGAUUUGAAUAUUGAAAAAGUGAUUAAUGCAAUGUUAAAAUAA